UCAGCCCCUGUCUACUCCGGGGUGGUGCUUAGCCGGCGCCAGACCGACCCUCGACUUCGGAGGGGCAGUGCAGUGCCUCUGGGCGCUUCUUCCCCGUCUUCUUCGGCUUCUUCAGCCUCCUCAGUCCCCUUACCCUCGACUGGGACCCGAGAUCUCGGUGUAUGCCCCAGCCCUGACCCCGCUCGAGAUAUGUCUACCCCGGCUCGGCGGCGCCUCAUGCGGGACUUCAAGAGGUUACAGGAGGAUCCUCCAGCCGGAGUCAGUGGGGCUCCGUCCGAAAACAACAUAAUGGUUUGGAACGCGGUCAUUUUUGGGCCUGAAGGGACCCCGUUUGAGGAUGGAACAUUUAAGCUUAUAAUAGAAUUCACUGAGGAAUAUCCAAAUAAACCACCUACGGUUAGAUUUGUCUCUAAGAUGUUUCAUCCGAAUGUCUACGCAGAUGGUAGUAUAUGUCUGGACAUACUUCAGAACCGCUGGAGUCCAACUUAUGAUGUGUCUUCCAUUUUAACAUCCAUACAGUCUCUAUUGGAUGAGCCCAAUCCCAAUAGCCCAGCAAACAGCCAGGCUGCUCAGCUGUACCAGGAGAACAAGCGGGAAUAUGAAAAACGCGUUUCUGCGAUAGUAGAACAGAGCUGGCGUGAUUGUUGACUCGAAGUAGAACAGAGCUGGCGUGCUUGCUGACUUGAGUGCAACAAAAGAAGAGGCUGGGCAUAAGAAAAAUACACACUUAUGUGUUUGUCACCUUCUUAUUCCUCAGUGUCAUUACAUUUACUUCAUUAAAAGCAAAAUAGUUAUCGUGCUGUUUCCAUCUUCCCUCACCAAACCUUUCCUACCCUAUCUUCUCCUUGAACAUCAAAAAACACCCUCUAUGAGAUCAAAUGUACUGUACCUGGGUUACGUGCAAAAAUGACUAAUGCUUAAUUCCUUUUCUGUUGUAUCUCAUCUCCAGCUUUAGGGCAGUGUUUGGUAUCAUACUUUACACUAAGCUUAAAUGAAUUGCUAUACAAGUGGUGCCUCUUCAUAGCUGGAUGACCAGGAUGUUAUUUUUAACAAAACGACUGCUGAAGUGUUUCAUUCUAGCGGAAACACUUGUGUUGGAUUUAGGAGUGAAUGGAAUAUGACCUACAGAAAAUAGGGAAAUAAAUCCAUAUAAACAUCCAUUUUGAAAGAGAAAGCUAAAAAUGCUGUUUCUGAAAUCUAACCAAUAUGAAUUACCAGAUGGUUUUUACUGGUAGGAAGGAGAAUGUUAAAGGGCUCAACGAAGGGAGUACAGCAAUGGUAGUAACUGACACAUCCUCUCCUUGCAGGAUAUUCACUGGGCGCACCCAUGCUGAGUUUCAGUCCACAGUCAGCCAUCUGUGUUUGCAGGUUCCAUAUCCACAGAUUCAACCAACCACAAAUCGAAAAUAUUCAGGGGCAAACGUGCUAUAUUGUUGCUGAUGUGUGCUAGGUAGUUAAGCCUCUGAUGGAUGUGUCUGUACUGAUGGAUACCUAGGGACAACUGUACUGGAAGUCUUCUGGGUUUCUGCUUUUUAAAGAGGUGUGGGAACAGAGGGAUGGAAAUAAUCAUUAGCUUUUAAGGUAGGGAAGAUGGGUGAUCCUUCAACCUUUUCAAAGGAGCAGUGCUACCUUAGAUGAACAAAUUUAUAAUCUCCCCUCAUUUUUCAGAGUUUUAAUUAACCCAGUGAAAGGAGCAUAUCUGUGACAAACUAUUUUCCACUCAAAUCCUGGGUUAAUGCUGCAUGCUUCAGUUUCUUUUUCCCCUUUCAGUGUUAUAAGAACCUUAAGAUCAAUGUUUGCAACCUUUCUUUGGAUAUUUAUACUUUUCAAUAGAUAGUAUCUUUAAGUAGCAGUGUGGGACAAGGCUUGUAAAUGUUUUGUCUAAAUGUUCCAUUGUCACCUUUUGUGCAUUUAUCACUCUGCUCAAUCUAACUUUGCACAAGUAACCCAUGUAAAAAAUGUACAUUUUCAAAACUUGUAAAUAAAAAUAAUCUUAAAAUUUUGUA